CCUCGUGUUUUUCACGGGGAUCGAAUUCUCUGGUACUCCGUUGCCAGAGAGGAGGAAACCGGUUCCGAAUUCUAGGGAUUGUUCUAGAACAAUUAAUCUGGAGGACGCUUCGUUCUUCUGAUGUCUACGAUUACAAUUCACAGAGCAGAAUUCUUUUCUUGUUCUUCUCGCAAUGGAUCCAGCGCCUGUCAUAGGUUUCACAGAAUUCCUUCCCGUGGGACGACUAUAAAGAUGGAAUCUAAAUCUUCCCAAACGAGGAAGAAGGAGGAGCUUUCCAUACAGACAGCAAAAACGCCGUCGAUUCCUCAUCUGGAAACAUCAAGGCCGUCUGAUUUAAGAUUCGACCGGCUGCAGACGUCGCAUCAGGGGCUGAAGCCAGGGGAAAGAUUUGAUUUUGGGCAAUUUGUGGCACGAGAGGCCAUGGUUGAUGAAGAAUUCUGGACAGCAGCAUGGUUGCGAGCGGAGAGCCAUUGGGAAGGUAAACCAAGUGAGAGAUAUGUUGAUAACUUCAAAAGGAAAUUUGCAGAGCAGGAGUUUAAUGCCAUAAAAAGGAGAUGUAAAGGCCAACAUUGGCAGAAAUGUAGGUGCAUCAUCACGGUUAAGAAGGAAGAUAGAAAUGUAAAACGCACAAUACUAAAAAGUGUGGUUGGCACCCUUGAUUUUAGCAUUCGACACUUGUUGCAUGGAGAGUCCUUUCCUGGGGAACUUGGGAAGCCUCUCUCCUGCGGUAUCCAUACAGCAGACAUGAAUAAGUAUGGUUACGUAUCCAACUUAUGUGUUGCCAAAUCAGCACGUAGACAAAGCAUUGCUAGUAACAUGUUGUAUUUUGUCAUUGAAUUGGCCAGAUCGGAUGGCAUUGAACAAGUAUAUGUGCAUGUGCAUAGAAACAAUAGACCUGCGAACAAACUGUACCAAAAGAUGGGAUUUGAGAUGGUUGAAUUGGCAAGCUCUCAGUUGUUAGAAGAGCAGACUGACUUGCUUUGUGUCAAGACAUAAAAAAACUUAAUUCAACCUGGAUUCUGGACUUCUAUUUUUCUCUGUUUUUUACAUGAAAAUGGAAAUCCUUAUUCCUUACACACUGGAAUUGUAGACGUGAAUAUUCUUGUGCAACCUAGAAUUAGGAGACUGAAACCCAAAAAGGCAGUCAGUUGGAACUGCAACUGCUCGGUUAAUUGUACAUGCUGUGUAAGCGUUCUGUUCCAAAUAGAUAAAUGACUGAUCUGUGAAGUUAAUUAUUUUGUAACACCACUGUGUUCAAAUGUCUAUACUUCAAUAUUGAACAAAGUUCUCCACCCAUUUCAAUAUAAAAUAUUAACUUUGGAUGUUGUGAGCCUAUUGGAAAGGAAAUACGCUGGAUUUGGAGACAAAUUCACAUAUUCAGAGGAAUAAUAAAUGGAGCUUGCAGUUGCUGAUCUUUUGACCCUGGAAAGAGAUCACAUUCCAGCCAGGUAAAAUAUACAUGAUAUGCAAAAUGCUGACUGGUGAGACAACCAUGGCGUUCGUAAUCGAACGUCCCUGUAUGGAGGAAAAAAUUCUGUGCUCGGUCACCUGUAGAUCUAGAGUUUUCUGGUUUGGUAAUUUUCCUUCCUUGUCUAAGCCUUCAUAUUAUUGUUU